AUGCAUGAGGAAAACUGGAGAACUCAGAAGAUAACUAACACAGACAUGGAGAAAAAGAACAGCCACAUUGACAAUAAUGAAGCACAGGAUAGAAUCCCAGAAUCCGGGAUCUGUAAUGCACCAGCACUAACCACUAUAAGUUAUGUUGCCACAUGUGCCUGUCUCAGCAAUAAACAGGAAUUCCCUACUUUCUUCAGGACCAUCCCAAGUGAUUCUUAUCAAAGUAGAGCACUUGCACAGCUUGUAAAGCAUUUUGGAUGGACUUGGGUUGGAACAAUUAGAAGUGACAAUGAUUAUGGUAACCUAGGGUUGGCUACUUUUAUUCAAACUGUUGAGAAAGAGGGCAUUUGCAUUGAAUAUUCAGAAUCAAUUUACUAUAGUUAUCCUAGUGAGAAAAUUGCUGCAACAGUACGUCUCAUUAAGGCAUCUUCAUCAAAAGUUAUUGUUGCUUUUCUCACAAAGCAAGAUAUGGAAAUUCUCCUGAAAGAGCUGCAGAAUCAGAAUGUCAUGGGGCGACAGUGGAUUGGCAGUGAAGGCUGGAUUUCUGCCAGAAUCUUUGCAACCGAGGAGAGCUACAAAAUAUUAGGUGGCUCCAUUGGAUUUGCUAUUAGUGAAGCUGAAAUACCAGGACUGAAAGAUUAUAUUCUAAAUAUACAUCCAUCUGAAGCUCCCGGAAAUGCAUUUCUCAAUGAAUUUUGGGAAACAGUUUUUCACUGUUCAAUGAGUUCCAAUGAAAAUGCAUCAACUCUUACUCCAUGCACAGAAUCUGAGAAUUUAAGAGAUAUAAGUAACGAGUAUACUGAUGUAUCAGAAUUCAGAAUUCCUGGUAAUGUGUAUAAAGCAGUGUAUGCUGUAGCCUAUUCCCUGCAAAAUCUACUAAGCUGCAAGAAUGGAGAAGGACCCUUUGUCAAAAAAACAUGUGCCAAUAAAAUUAACAUUGAGCCAUGGCAGGUGCUGUAUUACUUUAAAAAAGUGAAUUUUACAACUAAUUAUGGAGAGAAGAUAUAUUUUGAUGAGAAUGGAGAUCCAACGGCAAAAUACGAUUUAAUAAAUUGGCAGAGAAACAAUCACGGCAACAUAGAAUUUCUAAAAAUAGCUGUCUAUGAUGCAUCUUUAUCAGAAGGAAAAGAAUUUAUAAUGAAAAACAUCAGCAUUGUUUGGGUGGGAAAUGCAAAUAAGGUGCCAAGAUCAGUGUGCAGUGAGAGUUGCUUCCCAGGAACUCGAAAAGCAGUUAAAAAAGGAAAACCUGUGUGUUGUUUUGACUGCAUCCCUUGUGCAGAGGGUGAAUUUAGCAAUACAACAACUGUUUUCACACUUUCUGUGUUAAUAAGGGCAGAAGACUUGAAUUGUAAGUUUCAAGAUAUAGAACAAGUGCCUUUGUUUUACAAGGAUGGAGAUAUUACAAUUGGUGCUAUAUUUUUAUUCCAUGGCCUUAUUCAAACAAAGUACACAUUCCAAACUAUGCCUGAACCACCCAACUGCAAAGGAUUAAAUUUUAAAGAGUAUCAGUUUGCUCAAACUAUGAUUUUUGCAAUUGAAGAAAUAAAUAACAAUACAGAAAUGCUUCCAGGUAUUUCCUUAGGUUAUAAAAUUCACGAUGGCUGUAGUUCCAUGUAUUCUGUAAUAAAGUCAACAAUGGCAUUGUUAAAUGGACAAGAGAAAAGACUGCCAAAAAACACACCUUGUGCAAAACCAGCAACUGUGCACGCCAUCAUUGGUGAAUCUGAGUCUUCCCUGACUAUAGGAGUUACAACAACCACAAGACCUUUUCAUAUACCAGUGAUCAGUCAUUAUGCUAGCUGUGCCUGCCUCAGUGACAAAAGAGAGUUCCCAACUUUCUUCAGAACAUUUCCAAGUGAUUACUACCAGUGCAGAGCCCUGGCACAACUGGUGAAACAUUUUGGUUGGACCUGGGUUGGCACAAUAAGAAGUGACAAUGAUUAUGGUCUUAAUGGGAUGGCUAUAUUUUCAGAAGCAGCUAAACAAGAAGGAGUUUGCAUUGAAUUUUCAGAGGCUUUUUACAGAACAUAUUCUAGAGAAAAAAUACUUAGACUUACUGAAAUUAUAAAAAGUGCUACAACUAAAGUUAUUGUAGUUUUUAUGUAUUUUUUGGACAUGGAAGUUUUAGUGAAUGAAUUGUUGCAUCAAAAUAUUACUGGAUUGCAGUGGGUGGGUAGUGAUGGGUGGAUAUUUAUUAGACCCAUAGCAACAGAAGUUAACUAUAGGAUUCUAAGCGGUGCUGUGGGAAUUGCGGCCAAUAAUGCAGUAAUACCUGGCCUGAAGGAGUUUUUAUUGAAUGUAAAUCCAUCCAAUUACCCUGAAAACAACGCUUUGCAUGACUUUUGGGAAGAAACCUUUAGUUGCAGUAUGUCAUCUUCAAACCAAAGUAAAACUAUGAACCCGUGCACAGGGCAGGAAAAACUGACAGAAGUAACAAAUGAGUAUACUGAUGUAGAUGAGCUGAGGGUAUCUUAUAAUGUAUAUAAAGCAAUUUAUGCUGUAGCCCAUGCAUUGCACAAUCUCCUUAAAUGUGAGGAAGGCAGUGGACCGUUCACCAAUAAAACAUGUGCCAAUAAAAGGAACAUUGAACCUUGGCAAGUUCUACAUUAUCUAAAGAAAAUUCAUUUCACCACAACAAAUGGGGAAAAUGUUUAUUUUGAUGAAAAUGGGGACCCAUCUGCAAGAUAUGAAGUGGUGAACUGGCAAAUGAGUAAGCAAGGCAUUGUUAGAUUUGUAACAAUCGGUGUUUAUGAUGGAUCUCUACCAGCAGGACAGCAAUUCAUAAUGAAUAAUGCAAGUAUUCUUUGGGCAGGAGGACAGCGUAAGGUGCCAAAAUCAGUGUGCAGUGACAGUUGUCCUCCAGGAACUCGUAAAGCAGGACAGAAAGGGCGGCCAAUUUGUUGCUUUGACUGUAUUCCUUGUGCUGAUGGAGAAAUCAGCAAUAACACAGAUUCCAUUCAUUGCGUGCGUUGUCCACUGGAGUAUAAGUCGAAUGAGCAAAGAACAGAGUGCAUUUUAAAAGAAGUUGAGUAUUUGUCUUUUGAAGAGCUCAUGGGAAAGUUACUGAUGACAAUUGCAAUGCUUGGAGCAAUUGCAACUUUUGCUGUAGCUGUAAUUUUCUUCUAUUACAGAGAAACUCCUGUCGUUAAAGCAAACAAUUCAGAGCUAAGUUUCCUUCUGCUGUUUUCACUAAUGCUGUGUUUCUUGUGCUCUAUCACUUUCAUUGGUGAACCCACAGACUGGUCUUGUAUGCUGCGCCACACAAUUUUUGGCAUCACAUUUGUCUUGUGUAUUUCUUGUGUUCUUGGAAAAACCAUAGUGGUGUUAAUGGCUUUUAGGGCCACACUUCCAGGCAGCAACAUUAUGAAAUGGUUUGGACCGAUGCAACAAAGACUUAGUGUAUUUAUGUGUACACUCAUACAGGUCUUAAUCUGUAUUCUUUGGUUGCUUUUGUCACCUCCCUUUCCAAACAAAAACACAAAACAUUAUAAAGACAAAAUUAUUUUAGAAUGUGAUCUUGGAUCAACAAUAGCUUUUUAUGCUGUUUUAGGUUAUAUUGGAUUUCUGUCAGCCAUGUGCUUUAUCUUGGCCUUUUUGGCUCGUAAACUUCCAGACAAUUUCAAUGAGGCUAAAUACAUCACAUUCAGUAUGCUAAUAUUCUGUGCUGUUUGGAUCACUUUUAUUCCUGCUUAUAUUAGCUCCCCUGGAAAAUAUACAGUAGCUGUAGAAAUAUUUGCCAUUUUAGCUUCCAGUUUUAGCUUGCUUUUUUGUAUUUUUGCUCCCAAAUGUUAUAUUAUACUUCUAAAACCAGAACAGAACACAAAAAAAUACUUAAUGUCCAAAGCACACAAAUGCCUUGCACCACUAUCAUACAGCAGACAGGUAUUGCUGGGCAUUGCUAACUCACACAGUCCCCUGGAAUUUACCGGUUUUAUGCCAUCUGAGCUACAGUUCAUUGUUCGCUCUGGCAGCCAACACCACAACCACACCCAGGAGGACCCUGUAGCACUGACCUCAAGUGACCAAGCUGACCCCAGCAGAAUGCUCCAGAGACGGCAACACAAGCGAGGCAAGAAGGGAUGGCUCCAUGCUAGGCUGAAAGCCCGCGCUAGCCGACCACCGCUACCUAGCCUCUUGCUAGCCAACAUGCAGUCUCUGGAAAACAAACUGGAUGAGCUAAGAGCCAGGAUUAGAGCACAGCGGGAAAUAAGAGAGUGCUGCGCUCUAAUUUUCACCGAGACCUGGCUUUCGGACAAAGUCCCAAAAAGCGCCAUUCAGCUUACAGACUCACUCCAUGCACCAAGGAGACAGCCUCUGACACUUAAAACAUGUAGUGGCUGUAAAUCAUUGUUUAAAAGACAACUAGUUGUUAAUGGACAUGACAUUCUCUAA